UUAACUGUCAGUCAUUUCAGUCAUUGAGUACGGUGAGUGUGUUCCAAUUCAUAAUUGAAUACGUACAAAACAUAAAUCACUUUGUCAUUCACUCUCGACAAGGUAUACGUGCAAGAUGGAAAAUUUUGUGAACGAAGGUAACAAGGUUUUAGUAAUAUGGUGUCCUGGAACAUCGCUUGAGGAACUGCAGGAGUUUGUUUCACAGACCAAAUCUAAGGUUGGAAACUCGGGUAUCGUUUCAUUGGAGAAUUCGAAUCAGAUCAUAAAAUCAAAUCACGAUGCCUCUUCCGUCGACAUAAUUCUAUCAGGAUUUCUGCACCCGAUUAUCCAUGAUAAUAUCCUCCUUGCGGAAGCACUCCGCAUCUUAUCACCUGGUGGAAAGAUUGUUAUUCAGGAGCCAGUUAUAAAGCAACCCGGUCAUCAAAAUCUCAAGACAUAUGCGGAACUGAUAUCAAAAUUCAAACUAAAUGGAUUCCUCCUAGAAUCUCCAGAUGGCGAAGCUUCAGCGAUCUCAUCUGAACUUUUAAAAAGUCUUUCCGAACAGUAUAAUGUAGAUGAUAUCAAAGUAUGCCAAAUUGUAGCAAAGAAGCCACAAUUCGAGGUAGGUUCCUCGAUGUACCUUCCAUUAGCUAAAUCUUCUGUAAAUGUAUGGAAACUGGAUGAUGCGGUAGAGGAAGAUUUGAUAGAUGAGGAUACUCUUUUGGAUGAAAGUGACAUUCAGAAACCACAAGUAGCUUCCCUAAAAGUUUGCGCUACCACUGGGAAGCGGAAGGCAUGUAAAGAUUGCAGUUGUGGAUUAGCAGAGGAAUUAUUGGGAGAAACUGUUACGCAGAAAGUGGAAAAAUCUUCCUGUGGAAGCUGUUAUUUGGGAGAUGCUUUUCGCUGUGCAAGCUGCCCGUAUCUGGGAAUGCCAGCUUUCAAGCCAGGAGAAAAAAUCUUGCUGCCUAACAAUUGAUGCGGAUCUUGUGUUAAAUACCUAUCACUUGAUCCUUAAUGAUGGA